AUGGGAGCAGGCAAUGGGAAGGGCUCGUCGAACAUUUCGUUUAACCAGGCGAAAUCUGUAGCAAAACCUUUGAUUGGUCACAAUAAAAACCUUCCAGUCAGCUCGAGCAGACAAUCGGAUCGAGUAAACAGCAUCAAAACUGGCAGUUCGUUGCGCUUCGUUGAGGAUAUCAUAUUAAUUUGGUUAGACUCGUCAUUAGCCAAACCAGAUGACUCGACGAAAAAUGCUUUAGAACAACUUGUUCGUGUGACUGAUAUAUUCAAAAAAUUCGCAGAUGUUGAACAGUGUUGUCAAUUUAUUAGUUCAGUUCAAGAUGAAAAAAUCUUCCUCAUUGUCUCAGGUUCACUCGGACCAAAGAUUGCUCCACAAAUCGAAAAUCUCAAUCAAGUUUCUUCCAUAUUUAUCUAUUGCGGUAACAAAGCCAAUCAUGAACAAUGGACAAAACAAUACAAGAAGAUUCGCAGUCUUCAUACUCAAGUUCGUGAACUUUGUGAGACCGUUAAAUUUCAAAUUCGUCAGUAUGAUAAAAGUAUAACAUCGAUUAGUAUACUUCCGGUUUCGGCAACUAUGCAAAUGAAUCCUUCGAACAAGGAAUUUAUUAUUUUUCAAGUGCUGAAAAGUAUGCUGAUUGAAAAUCAAUAUGAUAAAUCGUUUCGACGAGAAUUUAUGAACUAUUCUCGGCAAUUCUAUAGUGAAAAUAGUUACCAAUUGAAUAUUAUUGACACGUUUGAAGAUAAUUAUAGUUUACAUUCACCUAUUUGGUGGUAUACAAGACGAUGUUGUAUAUAUUUCAUGUUGCGACGAGCAUUUGCUACGCAAGACGCAGAAAUCCUUUAUAAACUUGCUUUCUUCAUUCGAGAUCUCCAUCGAGAUAUCAAAAAAUCUUAUUUACAGAUGCAUAGUCAUCAGCACCGUGCUAUGUCAGUCUAUCGAUCAACCCGAAUAACAAAUGACAUGCUUACAAAUAUCGAAAAAAAUGCCAAUGGACUUUUAGCAUUCAAUGAUUUUCUACUGACAACAUUGGAACGAAGUAUGGCAUUAAAGUUCGCCAAUUCGUUGCGUUCUGAUAGCAACUAUGUUGCUGUUAUCUUCAAAAUUGAUAUUGAUCCUGUAUCAUCAUCAGUACCGUAUAUUUCGUUGAACAAUCUCAGUUAUUUAUCGAAUACUGAAGGUGAAAUUCUCUUCUCUAUGAAUACGAUUUUUCGUAUCAAUCAAAUUCUGAAACUCAACGAACGUUUGUACGAAAUGACUUUGAUUCCGGUGAUGAAAAAAGACGAACAAAUUCGUCAAGUUGUUGACUACAUUCAACAAGCGACAGCAAACGCUUCCGGUUGGUACAAACUUGGUAAAAUUCUGCUCGAAGCUUACGAAUACGAUCAACUGAAGAGCCUCUACGAAUAUCUUCUCUCCCAAACCGACGAUAGUCGACGGGAAGAACGCGCUUAUCUUCAACACGAACUUGGUUAUAUUCAAGAUCUACGAAACGAUCUUCCAUCGGCAAUCAGUUACUACAAACAAGCACUUGAAACUUGUCAAAAAUUUCUUCCGGUCAAUCAUGUUGGAUUUGCAACGACCUAUGCGAAUCUUGCUGCUGCACUUCAACGACAAGGUGAUUUUUCUGCAGCAAUGAAUUAUUAUCAACAAGCGAUAAAAUGUUGCAAUAAUGAUGACAUUAAUUAUGUACUUCAAUCGAUUAAUAUCGCAACUGUUCUUCAGUCUCAAGGCAAAUAUUCUGAAGCAGAAAAAAAAUAUGAACAGUCAAUCAAUACUUUACUCCGCGAUUUUCCCAUCGAACAGUUGAUCGUAGCCGAUGCAUAUCAUCAUCUGGCUAGCUUAGCGUAUUCCAUGAAGGAUUAUAAGAAAGCAUUGAGUAAUUAUGAAAAUGUCGUUGUACUCGAAGAAAAAAUUCUUCCGACGAAUCAUCCGACGUUGAUUUCAAUUUAUUUCAAUAUUGCCACAACACACGAAGCUCUGGGAAAUUAUGAGAAAGCUAUCUUCUAUGCGGAAAAGGCUACCAAUGUCGCUCAAAUGAUUUUUGGAAAUGAUCAUGCUGAAACACAGGACAAUCGUAAUUAUCUUGAGCAACUACGACAAAAGAGUGUCUCCGGAAAGUUUUAA